CCACUCGGCAUCCCUCACCCCCCCCCCCCCGCUUUGACCUUGCAGCCUCGUCCCUCCGUGGCAUUACCUUACAGUGGAUCAGCAGUACAUUAUCUCAGCAACACACACAAAAGACACACACAUUGUCCCGGUGACACACAUACUGCGCAUAUUUUCACGGACCCUAGACACACAACACAAGUCAGAGAGAGAAACUCUCAGUGAGGCCUGCCCCCCACACAUUCAUACCAAUCGCAGAGAGUGCUUUGUGAAUUCACUGAGUGACUGGGCAGCUACUGAAGAGAGAGAGAGAGAGAGAGAGAGGCUGGUGGGAGGAGGGAGAUGAAGACAGUUAGAGACAGCAGGAUUACAAAGAGAACCAAACCCAGACAAACACAGAAGAAGACAGAGGAGAGAAAUCUAACCAGCAGAGAGAACGACUGGACAGGACAGGACCGGACAGGAAGGGGAACACAGAAAUAGGAAAGGAAGCGGGGCUUGUCCAGCUGACAGGAAGGGAAUGAGUUGCUGGUAAAGAGGCUUUGGGGGGGAACUGAUGGGAUGGCAUUGAUCUCUUGGAGCUGCCGGCUCCUGGGCCAGAUGGCGUCUUGUUGCUGCAGACCACUACUCAACUCCUCCUGCUGUGGACCGCUCAUCAAAGUCUGCCUCUCCUCCUUCACAGAUAUCUCCCCUGCUGAGCUGGAUGCUCUUUGGAGGGAACCACCUUAUACUUUUGGGGGAGCAAAUGAGCACUUCUCAGGAAAUGACAUCAUGACUCAAGGUGGAGGUGAGGAGGAGGAUGGUCCAAUGGUGGAGUCAGGGGAAGGAGGGGCAGAGCCUGACAGCUAUUGGAAGAGAAAAGAAGCUUUCCUUAGAGGAAGUCGUGUAUCGUUGGGAGAGAAAUUCUCCUCAGAAAUUGCUCUGUUGUUCACUGGACGGAGGCGCUCCAGUGCAGAUCCUGACUGGGUUUUACAGGAGGCAUUACGCACCAGACUGCGAGUGGUGGAAAGCAACAGCCAGGACGUCAUCCAGCUCUUUAAAGACUUGUCUGCACGUCUGGUGUCUGUCCACGCCGAGAAGGAUAGCUUCGUACUUACAUUCAAAACUGUGGAGGAAAUCUGGAAAUUCUCAACUUACUUAGCACUGGGUUAUGUGGCUCGCUGUUUGGAGAACUUCCUAUGUGAUCAGACGUUCUGGUUGGACCCAGAGCUGCUCAGUGACUUGGAGAUAAAUGUAACAGUGGACGAGGAACAUCUGGCCACGCUCUAUUUGGGGCUUUUACUCCAAGAAGGAUCCUUCUUUGCUAAGGCGUUAUUCACAAGAAGUGAUAAGAAUGAGGAAGAGGAAGAACAGCUGUCAUUUACAAAAAAUGAUCUUCUGAUGGUAAAGGACACAGGGCAGGACAACAUGUGGGAGGGUACCAUGCUCGCCACAGGAAACCACGGCCUGGUCCCAGUUAACGCCAUGCAGCCCCUGCCUUACCCCUUCUACCAAUGGUUCCUGAGGAAGUACCCAGGCAGCGCUGGAUGCUCACCAGCAGAAAAGGAACUGUUCGAACAUCCUAUUGUGACAGGGACAUGUGUGGCAGUGGUCGACUACACUCCAGUGGGACAAGAGGAGCUCCAGCUGAGUGAAGGGGAUGUAGUGGAGAUCCAGGGUCUGCUCAUCCGGGGUCUGGGUGUGUUCAUAGGAACCCACACAUCCACAGGACACACUGGCUUCGUACACAAGGCCCACGUCAAACCACUGAGCACCACACCUCUAGACAGACAAUUGGUCUUUCUGACGGAGGAGGAGAGGGCCAGUCUGGCUCAGGUCAACCCGUGUAGCCCUGAGCCAAGUGACAGCGAUCUGCUGGAGAAACUUUUCUCAUCUGACAUCAGCUCUGUGUACAGACUAGACAGACUGGAUGAGUCUGACUUCAUGUACAUCAGGAAUCGACCAAAACAUGAUCAUAAGGUCUCUGCAAGUGCCCGACAGAGCCUCAUGUCAGAGAAGAGCGGAGGGACCCCCCCAUACCAAUCCUCACCUCGAGCCUCGGUCUCUCACUCCUCCCCUCGUCUGUCCUUCUAUCAUUCCUACAACCCACUGCCACGGGAGGGAGAGCGUUUGUCCUUUACUCUGGAUGACACUUUCAGAGAGCUGGAUGAGUUCCAGGAGGAUCCGCCUCUGUUCUUGGAGGAGAACAGCUGGGAUGGGGAGGAAUCUGAACUCAGUGACCCUACACUGACCCUGCUCAACCAUGAAUGUUUCCAGGAGGACUUCCUGCCUCUGUACGACCUCCAGCAUUCUUUCCUGUGGGUGACCUUCAGCGGGAAAACUGAGGAGGAGUUAUCAGGGCAUCUAGAAAGUGUCAGAGAGUGUGCAAAGAGGAUGGGCAUGCACUGGGCCCAUCGACGGGCCUGCUUUCUCUUAGGAAGAAUCUGUGCCAGAAAACUAAAGCUCUCACAGGCUCGUGUCUACUAUGAAGAGGCUCUGAGUGUCACCGUAGACAGUUUUUCUGAUACGCCACUCCUCGUUGCUCUCUUCACUAACCUCACAGCUGUUUACUUGAAGCAGCGGAUGACAGACAAGCUCCCUCAGACCCUCGAGAAGGCCAGUGCCCUGCUCCUCUGUCUGCCCAACCAUAAGUUCACCUCCGUGGAUGAGGUGGAGCUGCUCAAACUACUCCUGAGAAGAUCAGUGGUAAUGGGGGACAAAUACCUGGAGGCUCGUGUUUGCUACCUCAUAUCCCACCUCUUCCUGGACCUCAGGAAGACAGACGACGCCCUGCCUUUUGUUGAGAGACUCCAGUUCCUCUCAGUAACUAUCACUGCCAAUGAUGGGCAGCCAAUAGCUCCCUUGGACCUUAACUGGCUCUUGAGCUGGCUCUAUCACCGCAAAUACAUGCCUUACUUAGCACUGGCCUCUCUGAGUCUGGACUCCAGGCAGGACCACUCCCUUCAUGAAGCUUUUCAGAAGAUUGAAUUAUUUAUCAGGAACUCUGUUCGUCUUAACCCAUGCUGGAAGGAAGGAACCUCCCUGUUCCCUGCCCAGAUUGUGGUUUACCUUCAGCAUGCUCUGCUCAUAGCUGAGCAGGGAAAAGACCUCAAAACCCAAAGGGAUUUGUGUUUGGGCUUGGCCUCACUCUACCAGCAGUACGGUGCUCUGGUUAAAGCAGUACGCUGUGCUCAGCAGGCCGUGGAGACAGGAGGGCACAUCAAUGAGGAGGAAGGCUUUGAGGCCUCUGUUCUGUUUGGCUGGCUGCUGGUGUUAACAGGCCAGGCUGAGCAGGCUCAUGGUGUCCUCCAGCCACUCCUGACAUCACUCCAGGGUACAGACAGUCCCACUCAGAGAGGAGUUAUUCACAACCUCUUGGCUUUGUGUCUGAGACGACAGGGCCACAUCUCAGAGGCAGGUUGGCAUCUUCAGUCAGCCUUGAUAAUAUCCAGAGAAAGUGGAAACCAAAGGAACCAGGCCCUGGCACUGGCUAAUCUGGGCUGCUUGGCACUCGAUGUUGGGGCAUCCCGGAUAGCAGAACGCUUCCUGGUCAGAUCUCUGCACCUUUUCCUGGAGCUCUGGGAAAGCCCUACAGAUGAAGAGCAUGUUCAGACCUACCUUUGGCUGGGGAGGAGCUACAAAGACAGGGGGAGGAGUCAGGACAUGAGGGCCUGUUAUGAAAUGGGUUUACUUAUAGCACUCCAUGCCAGAAACUUGCACAGUCAGAUGGUGGUGGCCAAGGUGCUGAGUCGGCUGUAUUCUGACAUGCUGCUGUAUGGUCAGAGUAUUGUCUACUAUGAACACUGCGUGUCAGUGUCCAGAGAGCUGAAGGACAAGAGGCUGGAGGGGGAAUAUCUGGAAAUCCUCAGCAGCCUCUACCUUUCACUCAAUACUGAGAAAUCAUCUCGUAAGUCUCUGGAUUACACCAAGCAGAGCCUGAGGAUUUCUAUAGACCUGGGAAAGAGAGAGGAAGAAUCAGAGACUUGGCUACAGGUGGGACGCAUCUACUACCUCAUCCAGGAGGACGAGCUAGCUGACAUGUACUUACAGGCUGCGGUGAAGACAGCCCUGAGGAUGAAUGACUCCCACUUUGCCAUGAGAAUCUACGAGGAGGCAGGAGACGUUUACUUUAAAGGUCACAGGAACAGGAUGGCCUCGCUGCCUUUCUACAGAGAUGGCAGUUUGCCAUUCGCCCGGAGCGUCAGAGACAUCUAUUCAGAGUUCCGCUUGUUGAGUAAACUGACAGAGCUGUUGAUGAACCAUGGGGAGCAGGAGGAGGCUCUGCAGUACGCAACCCUGGCUGUUGAGGUCGCCACCGAAACAGGUGUUCGACAAUAUGAGCGGACAGCCUACCACCGGCUGGCUACAGUCUACUACAACCUGCAACAGUAUGAGAUGGCAGAAAACUACUACCUCAAGUCUUUGUCUUUCUGCCCACCCGUGCUGCAUCACCCUACAGAGGCUCGCUACUACACAAAGGUGUACAGCAGACUGGGCAAUCUCACACUAUACAAGCUUAAGGAUGCUUUUGAUGCAAUGGGCUACUUCCAUUUGGCUCUGGCAGCUGCCCUGGAGGAUCAGGCUAACCCUGAGGCUCUGUAUGUGGUCUACAUGAAGCUGGCAGAGAUCCACGGCCAUCACAUGCCUGAUGCUCAGCUGUGCCAAGUGUACAGAGACAGAGCACAGAGUCUGAAGAGAGUUCUGGCUGGGGAGGAAGGCGCCUCUGUUGGUCAGGAAAACAUGGACGGUGCAGAUGCAGAGUCUGGCCAAAGGAAGGAAAAGGACUCCGGUUUGGGACAGACAGAAAUGUUGAGAAAUGGUAUCUCCACUUCCAUGCCUGAAGAUGGUCACUGUCACCAUGAGGUAGACCCAAGAACUUGUAUAAUCCACACAAAUGCAGACGAUGAAUGUACAGAGAAAAAAGAAGAUCCAGUUGUUCAUCCUCCUGAUACAGAUGGGCCUUACGUAGAUGCCUGUGGGUCUGAGACAGCGACCAUCGCCAGUCAUUCCUACAGUGACAGUAUCUUCACCGAAUCAUUUGAUACAGCGAAGGAGGAGAUCACAGACUCCAGCAGCUCCACUGACACUUUACAAACUUAUCAGAAACAAACAGACCAGAUCAGGGACUCUGAAACUGAUCACAUUGUACCAGAUCAAACGCCUGUUAAUCACACAAGUGAACAUGAAAAUGAUCAUAAAGCAAAGCUUGAUGCUGCCAUUCAGGCGGAACAAAUGAAAGAAAAAGAUGCAGAUUUGGACCUUAAUCAGAUGGAUUUUAUCCAAAAAGAUGUCAGUCAUGAGGAAAAUCAAUCUGACACUGACCAGACAGAGACUUUAAGCACUGUAAGUACUGAAAAAUCUGUGGACAACUACAACUACACAGACAGAGAGAAAUGUGAGACAACUGAAACACAUGUAGACUUUAAUGACGACUACAAAUAGUCCUCUUUUGGCACUUUAGAUUCUUUUUGACAUUGACUGUCAUGUGUUCAUUGCACUGAUCAGCAAAGCAACGUUCCAGGCACGUCACUCUUUAUUUGUGCCUUUUGAGUAAAAUAAUGUGU